GGCGCCGUGGUCACACUGUUUUGGAUUGUACAUGUACACGCGAUUUAGGCAGCAAAAUCGAAUAAAAGCGAGUGUUAGGAUUGUGCCAGUGAUACCGCCGCCCGCGGCUCCAAACCGAAACGAUCGCCAGAGUCCCGACAAAACAAAUUCCCUCUUGAAACGGCAACCAAGCGACGAAAUAUCCUCCCCAAAAAAGGAGGAAAAAAUCGCAAGUUGUUGUUGCCAUUGCUGCUGAAAAAGAGAGAGAGCGAGAGAGUGUGCUGUCGGUGUGUGUGUGAGUGCGGUGUCUCUCUCUAACGCACAGUGACUGUGUUUUCCUUUUUUCGAUUUUGUUUUUGUGGCUGCCCAGCAAAAAUAACAACAAAAGUCCAGCGGUCCGUUGUUUUGUGGAAGUGUGAAAGUUCAACGGAUUGCUUCUGUUUGGGUGUGUGUGCCGCCAAACAACAACAACAACACAAACAAGCGCGCACAACAAAACAAUUCGUACACACAUGCACCCUCCCCCGCCUGCGCGAGUGUGUGUGUGUGAGAAAAAUCGAAGAAGUGCUGGGCAAAAAAAAUCGCCAAAAGCCAAUAGUAAAACCUAAUAACAACCUAAAAUCGAAGGGCUUAAACCAGGAAUAUGUCCACCAUCGAGUUCGAGACGAUCGGCAGCCGCCUGCAGUCCUUGGAGGCGAAACUUCAGGCGCAAAAUGAGUCCCACGACCAGAUCGUCCUGUCAGGUGCGCGCGGCUCGGGUGUUUCCGGUUCCGUUCCAUCUGCCCGCGUUCCGCCCUUGGCGACAUCCGCAACAGCUACAUCCGCCGCCCACGCACCGCCAUUGGGUUCCGGAAUUAGCAUAGCCCAACGGCCAGCACCUCCAGUUCCUCACGCAGCGUCCUUAGCGUCAACAUCCGCCUCUGCAUCCGCAUCUGCCUCAUCCGCAUCCGCAGCCGGAGUGUCGUCGACGGGCGCUUUCGGCGGAGCGUUCACCCCGCCCACAACCAGAGUGCCGCGAGCCACGCCCACCCUGCCCAUACUCUCAAGCGGCGGCGGACUAAAUCGGACGCGACCGGUGAUACUGCCUCUGCCCACGCCGCCGCAUCCUCCGGUUUCGGAGACGGACAAGAAGCUGAAGAUCAUCAUGGAGCAGACGGGCAAGCUGAACAUCAACGGGCGGCAGUAUCCGACGGACAUCAACGACCUCAAGCACCAGGGCGAUCUGGGCAACGGGACGAGCGGCAAUGUGGUGCAGAUGCUGCACCUGUCGAGCAACACGAUCAUCGCCGUGAAGCAGAUGCGUCGCACUGGCAACGCGGAGGAGAACAAGCGCAUCCUAAUGGAUCUGGAUGUGGUGCUCAAGUCGCACGACUGCAAGUAUAUCGUCAAGUGCCUCGGAUGUUUCGUUCGCGAUCCGGAUGUGUGGAUCUGCAUGGAGCUGAUGUCCAUGUGCUUCGACAAGCUGCUCAAGCUCUCCAAGAAGCCAGUGCCGGAGCGAAUUCUGGGCAAGGUCACAGUGGCAACGGUCAACGCAUUGUCCUAUUUGAAGGACAAGCACGGUGUCAUCCAUCGGGAUGUGAAGCCCUCGAACAUUCUGAUCGACGAGCGUGGCAACAUCAAGCUCUGUGAUUUCGGGAUCAGCGGUCGCCUGGUGGACUCCAAGGCCAACACCCGAUCCGCUGGCUGUGCAGCAUACAUGGCGCCGGAGCGCAUUGACCCCAAGAAACCAAAGUACGACAUUCGCGCCGAUGUGUGGUCGCUGGGCAUAACGCUGGUGGAACUGGCCACCGCGCGAUCCCCGUACGAGGGAUGCAACACGGACUUCGAGGUGCUCACCAAGGUGCUGGACUCGGAGCCACCCUGUUUGCCCUACGGCGAGGGCUACAACUUUAGUCAGGAGUUCCGCGAUUUCGUCAUCAAGUGCCUCACAAAGAACCAUCAGGAUCGACCCAAGUACCCGGAGCUACUGGCCCAGCCCUUCAUCCGGAUCUAUGAAAGGGAGGAUGUGGAUGUGCCCAAUUGGUUUCAGAGCAUCAAGGAUAACCGGCCGCGUGCCAAUGGUGAUCCCACGCUCCAGAGGGCAUCGUCGGCUGGGAGUGGAGCCGGUUCUGGAUCUGGUUCCGGAUCCCACACCGGUUCGGGAUCAGCAGGCGGAGCUAUAAAAUAUGGUAGGACGACGACGUCGUACGUGCAGAGUCCAACGAAUCCGCAGAAGACAAUAAAACCCACUCAGAUACCGAGUUACCAGCAGCAACAGUCGCAGUAUUUCAUGCAAUCAGCCACACAACUACCUCAAAUAACAACAACAACAACAACACCAACGGCAACGACUAACUGUUUCGGCGGAAGCGGAAACGGAAGGGGAAACGGCAGCGGAAACGGAAGUGGCGGCAGCAGCAGUGCCAGUCCAUUAUCGCCACCAAGCGGCGGAGGGGUCGGCGAUCUCAAUCGCCUGUAUCGCAAGUCGCCAUUUAUGCAGCGGAAACUCAGCAACGGCUCCCAUCAUCCGCACUACAAAUACAACGACGAGAGCCCCAAGAAGGAGUCCAUGUUCAGUACGAUCGGUCAAUCGAUUCUCCGCAAUCUGACCACAUCGCCCUUUAGCCAAAAGAAACAUAAUUCAGCAGCAGCGACUGCAGCAACAACAAUACCACUGCCGCACAACAACCAAACAUUAUACACGGAUGCUGCAACAACAACAUCCGUUGCAACAGCAGCGGGAACAACACCGCCAAACAUUGCAGCUGCGGCGCCCACGACAACGCCAGCGACCACGCCCACUUGGCGCCUGCCAGCGGACAAUUCCCAAGCCUACGACAGCUGUGAUAGUAGUAGUAACGCCACCACGACCACGACCACAACCUUUAACCUCGGCCACUCCUCACCCUCCCCCUCGAUGCCGCGCAAGCAGUUCCCCACGGACUCGCCGACGACCCUGCAACUCGCCAAUCAUCACCAGCAGCAGCAGCAGCAGCAGCAGCAACAACAGCAGCAGCAACAGCAGCCACAGCGACUGCAGCCGGGCAACCAGAGCCCCAUAGUGCUGCAGCGCUUCUACCACCAGCAGAACCAACUGCGCGAGAAGGAGGCGGCGGAGCGGUACCAGCAGCAGCGGCAGCAGCAGCAACAGCAACAGCAGCAGCAGCAGCAACAGCAACAGCCCGUUGGAGUGACCAGCACGAAUCCGUUCCACAGCAACUAUGUGCCGCCACCGCCGUCGACGCACUCCACCUCUAGUCAGUCCUCCACGCAGUCGACGUGCUCCCAAAUCGCCGUCAAUCCCGCCAGCACGUCGCCAUCGUCGGGAACGGGAACCCUUGGGGGACUGGGCAUAGGAUCUGUAGCUGGAACGGGAUCGGUUUCGGGAUCGGGAGCAGCUGGCCACUUUGGAGCAGGCGGCAGUGGCGAGCAGUUGCAGUAUCAACCGCUGCCCAUCGCCGCCGAGGCAACGGUGACGAGUCCCACGCUCUUGGCCACUUCCCCGGAUCAGCAGUCGGAGUACGGUGGUGGCAGCUCCUCCUCCAUGGUGGCCAGCAAGCUGAGCAAGCUCUACGCCCGUCGCCAGCUCCUUGGCCAGAGCUCCAGCAGCGGGGCGAGCAACAGCAGCCUGGACAGGGAGCAGCACGAUGCCGGCUGGUUCAACACUCUCGCCGGCGCCAUGAAGCGGCAGUUUGCGACCUAUGUUAAAACCCAAUUGAAUUCCACAGCCACGUCGCCGGUGGGAGCGAGCAUGGAUCGGGAUCGGGAUCGUGACCGUGACCGGGACCAGGAGGCAGUGCAUCCGCAGCCGCCGGCCUACAGGAGCAUCGUGAACAAUGGCAGCGGUGGCGGUGGCAAGUCCUACUACUACCGCACUUUAUCGGCGGCGAGCAGCAGCAGCAACACCAGUCAGAGCACCUCGCCGACGACGGAACCGCUGCCUGGCGGCGGCACCAGCAGCUUCCUGAGGCGCUACGCCAGCAGUGGACCCGGAAUGGGUGGUGGAGGCGGCAGCAUCAGCACUCCGCCCAGUCCGCACAUCCUGGCUGGCUUGGAUCGCAGGCACCGCAGUCCGGAUCCUCCGCCGCGUUACAAUCGCGGACAGUCGCCGCUGCUGCUGCGCAAGAAUCUGCUCGAGCUGAGUGGCCAGCCGCCCGGCUCACCGCUCCUGCACCGAAGAUACGUUUCGGCAUCGCCGCCAUUGCCGCCGCCGCGUCGAGGAUCGGAGAGCGUGCCGGGAUCGCCGCAGCACUUCCGCACCCGCAUCCACUACACACCCGAGCCGCAGAGACGCAUCUACCGCACCAUAGAUCAAUGAGUAGCGCUGCAAAUCAUGGUCAUGUGAUGCUGGUACGGCUUCGACGACGACGCCGCCGGCGCUGAACGGGAACGGGAACGGGAUCGGGAUCGAGAACAGGAGGCGGAGCAGAUGGAGGAGGAGCUGCUGGAACCCAUAUCCAUGCCCGUUCCGUCGGCAGCCGGCGACUCGCUGUCGAUGCCUGCGUAUGCAGAUAGCCUGGGCACCAGGUCCUCAUCGGUUAGCCGGCGGAUAGCCGACUAUCGAAGGACCUGCUCGGCCAGCGGAUCGUAUGCCAGCCUGUACUCGGAUGGGGAUGGGGAUGGCGAAUGGCCAGGUGGUUCGGCUGGAGCGGCAUCGGGUGCAUCGGCCAACAGGACAACUGGAUAUCCGUGGACAUGUGAUUGAUGACAAACGAAAGUGUUCAAAAGUCUUAUACGUUUAAGUGCUUGAGCCUCAGCGAUUCAUCUGCAUCCUGCAUCCUGCAUUCGCAUCCGCAUCCGCAUCUGCUAAACACUUUGUUUCGUUGCGCUGCUCCAACUGUACAUAGACAUAUAUCUGUAGGGAUCUAUAUAGACACAUCCGAUAAUAGUGCAAUAGUUGAAAGCAAUUCUGUUCGCCCAAAACUUUCCCCUUUUCCCCCCUGUAACCAAAACCUCUUCUCUCUCAUAUAUAUAUUAUAUUAUAUAUAUAUAUAUACAGUGGCGAGCAAAAGUGAGUGCAUGUUCGCAAAACUGACUUUCGUCGUCAAUAAAAACGGAACGGUACGAGAUAAUUUAACAAAGUAAAUUUUUUUAUGUUUACUAUUUUAUUUAUAACAAAUGUGAAAAAGAAUCAAUAUCAUAUAAGGUAAAUUCUAAAAGUUAGAAAGAAAAAACCAAAAAAACACGCAUAAACUCACUUUUGCACGUUUGAACCAAAUUAUUUAAAUAUAUCCAUUUUAAUAUUUGGUCCGCAAACCCUUAUUAGCCAUAAUUUUAUUAAUGCAUUUUGGCAUUCCCUCUACCAAAUUUUUUAUAACAUCUUCAGGGAUUUGAUCCAAUUCCGAUGUUACACGUUCCCAAAGGUUGGCCAUGUUUGUUGGGGCUGCUUCUUACUGCCGGAGCCGUUUUUUCAAAAUUGAUCAAAGAUUUUCAAUCGGAUUGAGGUCGGGACGUUGUGCUGGCCACUCCAUUAGCUGAAAAUGUUAUUUGCAAACCAUUUUUUGACAAUUUUCGGUGAUUGCUUUGGAUCACACUUCUUGGUGAAAAACAAUUUAGUCUUCAGGAUAAGCAUAUUUUUCCAUAAAAUUGGGAAGAUUGAUUUUUUAAAAUUUUAGGUAGUCCCCAUUUCGCAUUUUACCUUCUACCAAAUGCAGAGGGCCAACAUGCCACCAUGUGAAGCAUCCCCAAACCAUUAUGUUUCCGCCGCCAUGUUUUACAGUUUGCUUUACAUGGUGCCUUUGAAGACGUUCACCGGGCUUGCACCAGCAGUUUUUCUUUCCAUCUGAUUGAAAACGGUUAAACUUGGAUUCAUUAGACCAGAUAACACGUUUCCAAUCAUCAGUAGUCCAGUUUUUGUCGUCUUUAGCAUAUCCAAUUAUGCUUUAACGUUCUAGGCAGAUAAUGCAGGUUUAACGAUUGACACAUAACCAAUGUUAUGCAGUGCUCUCCUGGCCGUCAACUGGCUAACAUUUUUAUUAAUGGCCAUAGAAGCACCCUUUGGUAUGAGCAGCUUGACUUUUCACAUUUUGGACAUCAUAAGUCGAGCAUCUGAGUCUGUCAAUAAUUUUUUUUCUACCUUUGACUAGCGGUUUGGGAGUCAUAUUUCGCCUUUUUUGAGCUGCAGUCGGAGAAACACACCGAAAAUUGUCAAAAAAUGGUUUGCAAACAACAUUUUCAGCUAAUGGAGUGGCCAGCACAACGUCCCGACCUCAAUCCGAUUGAAAAUCUUUGAUCAAUUUUGAAAAAACGGCUCCGGCAGUAAGAAGCAGCCCCAACAAACAUGGCCAACCUUUGGGAACGUGUAACAUCGGAAUUGGAUCAAAUCCCUGAAGAUGUUAUAAAAAAUUUGGUAGAGGGAAUGCCAAAAUGCAUUAAUAAAAUUAUGGCUAAUAAGGGUUUGCGGACCAAAUAUUAAAAUGGAUAUAUUUAAAUAAUUUGGUUCAAACGUGCAAAAGUGAGUUUAUGCGUGUUUUUUUGGUUUUUUCUUUCUAACUUUUAGAAUUUACCUUAUAUGAUAUUGAUUCUUUUUCACAUUUGUUAUAAAUAAAAUAGUAAACAUAAAAAAAUUUACUUUGUUAAAUUAUCUCGUACCGUUCCGUUUUUAUUGACGACGAAAGUCAGUUUUGCGAACAUGCACUCACUUUUGCUCGCCACUGUAUCUUUAUCUGUGUCUGUAUCUCCUUCAAUGGUAACUCUGUAAUCAAAAGUUUACACUUUACACAACGUAAAUUAUUUAACCGUAGCUCUAAAAAUCAACAAAAUAGCUAAAUCGAAAUGGGAAAUUUAAAAUGAUUUGUAGCUUUGUAUAUAGAGAAGAGAGGUGAAGUGCAAGAAGUCGUUGCAUUUGCUGUUUGCAAUUUGUUUUAGUUUAAACAUUUCAUUAAACAUCAACUUGUAUGCUGAGUGGAAGGGAAACCAACAACAACAAACCAACAACAACAAAAACAAACAACAACAAGAAACAAACAACAUUAACAAUGGAAUUAUUGUACUGAUUAUUAUAAUUGUUUAAUUUAUUAUGUAAGCGGCAACAAGCAACAAUUCAAAUUCAAA